AACCGUUACAACAAUGUUGAAGCGCUCCCAAAGACAGGCCUGGACUUGCGCCGCCUGUCUGCGCCUCCAGCACCGUCGUCUGGGCAGCAGCCUUGCCGCCGCCGCUGCUCAAGUCGACCGUUCGCCCGCGACUCACUCGGCGCCCGAUGCUGCUCAUGACGACCGCGUCUUGCGUCGUAUCUUCGACUCGCCCACCUUCUGGAAGGAAUUCUCCGCCCAGACCAGGAAACAGUCGACUGGCCAGCUUGCUGGUCUCUUCCAGAAUCGCUACCUCACCAAGCCCGAGGGCUUCCAGCACUUUGCCGAGGUCACGCUGCAGAAAUGUAUCAAGAUCGUGGACAAGGUGCUGGCCGCGAGCACCAUCGAGGAAUACCGCUCGCUAUCCAGAGACCUCGACAGGCUCAGCGACCUGCUAUGCCGCGUCAUUGACUUGGCUGACUUUGUCCGCUCGACUCAUCCCGACCCGCGCAUACAGGCCGCCGCGACCCAGGCCUACGCCAUCAUGUUUGAAUACAUGAACCGUCUGAACACGACGACCGGCUUGAACGACCAGCUGAAAAAGGCUGCGUUGAUACCGGAAAUCUGGAACUCGUGGACGGAAGAGGAGCAGGUCGUGGCGCAGAUCCUCAUGAGAGAUUUCUCAAAGUCGGCCAUUGAUUUGCCGGAGGGCGCGCGACAUAAAUUCGUGGACCUUUCCAACGACAUCACCCAUACUGGGACUGAUUUCGUUGACGGCAUGGCGCCGGAAAAGCCGUACUUGAAGUUUGACAGUGCCAGGAUGAAGGGCAUGGACCCGAACCUGGCGCGUAACUUGACUAGAUGGGGCAAAAUCACACUCCCUGCAAUCGGCAUGCCCGCUAUGAUGGCAUUGAGGACGGUCGAGGACCCUGAUGUUAGAAGAGAGAUUUACAUGGCCAAUCGGACUGCGUCCAAGGGCAAUAUCUCUAAACUUGAAAAGAUGCUCAAGUUGAGGGCAGAGCUCGCGGAGCUUUCAGGUUAUGAGAGCUUUGCGCACAUGGCGCUCACGGACAAGAUGGCAGGCACGCCGGAAGCCGUGAACCAAUUCCUUCAGGCUUUGGUUGCGGACAACCAUAUCCAGGUCAACAAUGAGUUGCAGGAACUCCUGGAGCUCAAGAAGUCGGAUGCGCGUCAAGAUAACUUCCCAGGCCGUUUGAACGCGUGGGACAGGGACUACUACACCCAGCAGCUCAUCUCGUCUCUUCGCACGCGCAUCCGGUCUCCUGACUUCCUCUCCUCUUACUUCUCCCUUGGCACCGUGAUGCAAGGCCUUUCGCGCCUGUUUUCUAGACUUUACGGUAUCCGGCUCGUCCCUCACGAGACUCUUCCCGGAGAGACGUGGAACACGGAUGUGCGGCGUUUGGACGUCAUCGACGAGAACGAGGGCCACAUAGCGGUUGUCUACUGCGAUCUCUUCUCGCGCCCGGGCAAGAACCCGAACCCCGCGCACUUUACUCUCCGCUGCUCGCGCCUGAUCUCCGGGGAGGAGAUCGCCGAAGCAGCCAAUACGACGCACCCGUUCGCGUCGCCCGUUGAGGCAGCAACGGACGGCAUGGCGUCGUCUCCAGACCCUGCUGACCCAACGGGCAACUCGGUUUACCAGCUCCCGACUAUCGCCCUGAUCUGCGACUUUGACACGCACGGGCAGACGAUCCACAGUGCGCGCCCGACGCUGCUCAGCUUCCGUGAGGUACAGACGCUCUUCCACGAGAUGGGCCACGCGAUCCAUUCGAUCUGCGGGCGCACGAAGCUGCAAAACGUGAGCGGGACGCGGUGCGCGACGGACUUUGCGGAGCUGCCCUCUGUGCUGAUGGAGCACUUUGCCGCUGCACCCGAGGUGCUCGCUCUCUUCGCGCGCCACUACGAGACGGACUCGCCGCUGCCAUAUCGCCUUGUCGAGGAGCGGCUGGCGAUAGACCGUCGCCUCAGCGGCGCAGAAACAGAAGCCCAGAUCCUGCUCGCGAUGCUCGACCAGGCGUACCACUCGCGCCUGCCUGCAGCCGAGUCGUUCAGCUCCUCGCGCGUCUACCACAACAUCUACAACGAGCACAGCACGAUCCCGGAGCCGGCGGGCACGGCAUGGCAGGGCUUCUUCGGCCACUUGUUCGGCUACGGCGCCACGUACUACAGCUACCUGUUCGACCGGGCGAUUGCGGGCAAGGUGUGGGCGCAGGUGUUUGGCGCGGGCAAGGCGUCGGUGGACCGUGCUGCUGGCGCGAGGUAUAGGGAUGAGGUGCUGAGGUGGGGUGGGGGAAGGGAUGGCUGGAGGUGCGUUGCUGGUGUUUUGGGAAGGCCCGAGCUGAGUGAGGGCGGGACGGAGGCGAUGAAGGAGGUUGGACGGUGGGGGGUUAGGGAUUAGAUGGUGUGAGCGUGCGGGUGCGGCGGCGGGUUGUUGGUGUUGUAGGUGGCUGUCUGCCUGGUAGGUUGUGAGGCUUUGGUUAAGAUUGUCUGUACAUACCCGAGCGUCUUCUCUCUCUCUCUUCCUCUAUCUUCCUCUCUCCCUCUAUCUUCCUCUCUCCCUCUCUCCCUCUCUCCCUCUCUUCCUCUCCCUCUCUUCCUCUCCGUCUACUAUCUCGUGUAUU